CCGCUGCGGCGUCUCUGACUCGAGCAACCAUAGCUGCAGAAAGUCUGUUGUGCGCCGUAGGACACGCUCAGCCAGUGAAGCGGGUUGCUUCCCGCGCCGCAUUACACUAGAAGCGGCAGUUUUUUUAUAUCCCACCGCGUUUCGCAGAUAUGCGUGCACUGUGCUGUCCUGCUGCGCACGCUUUCCCGCUGCUCUUUAGACUCGACCCCAACUUGCCGCGUCUAUGCUACUUGCUAAGUAUCUGCUGGUAGCAAAAACUUGCUCCCCGAGCAUUGCAGAAGUGAGGAGCUGGUGGUAGAAGGAUGUGGUAUUUAAGUACUAAUUUAGGUACUUAUUUCGCGGGGAACAGUCGUCUUGGGUAGAAGCUUUAAACCGAAAGACUUGUAGCGUGGCGUGACGUGCCCUGCUUCGUCCAUAGCCGAGUCGAGCCGCGAGCAUCUCGCUCGAACCCCAUUGACUAGACUAAGAGUCCAAUCCAAGGCUAAGAGUCCCUGCAACAUGCGUAGCGAUUGUAGUCGGCAGGCCCAAAGCUAAGAGUCGAUGGCCCAAUGCGCCGCGAAGAAACGUAUUGAAUAGCUUAACCAAUGAUAAGCUCAAUGGUAAGCUCGGUAACAAAGUUAGGAGCAAGCCUAUCAAGCCUCACUAACAAGCUUAACCAGCAAGCCUAAAGCGAAUCAUUUUUUAGGCGACUCAAACGUCAGCCUAAAGCGAAUCAUGGUGGCGUCUGAGGCAGCACGAAACGAUACUGCCGGGUCGGCAGCAUCUGGCGCCGCACUUGUCGCCGCGACCAGCGCUGGUGGCGGCUCGUCAGCGACCAGCGCCUCCACCGGCGGCGGCUUGACCGCGCAGGAUGACGUUACCGUUCUCGAGCCGCAGGCUCGGGCGUGGAUCGAGCGUUGCUUGGAUCGGCAGCUUCCGUCGGACCGCUCACUUCCGGAUAUCCUGCAGGAUGGGCACAUACUCCUGGAGGUGGGGCAGGCGGCUCGGCGAGCUGCAAGGGGGUGGCUCGGGAAGGGAGGCGGAGCCGGGGGAGGGGGAGCGCCCCCCGCGGAAGUGGGGCGGAACAUGGCGUUUUGGCGCGCGUGUGUGAAAGUAGAGAUGUUCCUCAAGAUGUGCCGCAGCAUCGGGCUGUACGACGUGAACGUGUUCAUGCCCGCGGAUCUGGUGGAGAGGCGCGACCUGAGGCGGGUGUAUCUGUGCCUGCGCACGCUCAGCAAGCGAACCAUCGGGCUCAAAGACUUUGAUGGGAGCAUGGUGACUGCCACGUCAGCCACCCGCCACCGGCUCAUGUCGUCCGUUUCCAAUACCAUCCGGCACACCACGGCUGCUCUCUCCCCCUCCCCCUCCUCCUCUCACUCCAAAACAGCUCCAGCGCCACCCUCCCCUGCCCUACCUUCUUCAGCUAAACCCUCCCCAGCUCUGCCCUCCCCAGCCUUGCCCUCCCCAGCUGCUCUCGCCUCCUCCUCUGUCUCUCAAUCAGCUACAGUAGCUGCUGCACACUCCCCAGCUGCACCCUCCCCAGCUGUACCCUCCCCAGCUGCACCCUCCCCAGCUGCAUCCUCCCCAGCUGCACUCUCUCCAGCCGCACCCUCCCCAGCUGCACCCUCCCCAGCUGCACCCUCCCCAGCUGCACCCUUCCCAGCUGCACCCUCCCCAGCUAUACCCCCUUCCAAGUCGGUCCCUCCGUCCCCAGCUCUACCCUCCCUAGUUCCCAUCUCCCCAGCAACAGCCAUACCCUCCCCAGCAGAAGCACCACCCUCCCCUCGGGUUGGUGCCCCUCUGACCUUGCCCUACUCAGCCCUUCACCUCCCCGCUACCCCUGCUGCUCCUGUUACUGCUGUUGCUCCUGCUGCUGCUUUUGCUACUGCUGCUGCCGUUGCGCCUGCUCCUACUCCUGCUCCUGCUGCCCCUCCGGCGUCUCCUCCUCCUCCUGAUGCUGCUCCUGCUUACAGCGCUGCUACCAUCACUGCUGUCAGUGCUGCUGGGGGGACUCGUCAAAGCAGCAGCAGGGAAAGGGAGGCCAGCAGACUAGCACCAGCACCAGCACCAGCAGCACCAGCAGCACCACCAGCACCACCAGCACCAGCAGCACCAGCAGCACCAGCAGCACCAGCAGUACCAACACCAGCAGUACCAAGACCAGCAGUACCAAUACCAGCAGCACCAGCACCAGCAACGCUGCCACCAGCAGCAAGUCACUGGAACCCUGUGCUUCGUCCCUCCCCACCCUCUGCUUCCCCACCCUCCCCCUCCCCACCCUCUCCCACCUGCCCCUCUCCCUCCCUCAGCCCCUCUGCUCUGCCUGAGCCGGAUCAGCUCCUGCCCAUCCCUUCCUUCCCUUCUGCCUCGUCUCUCGCCUCGUCUGUCACCUCAUCCCGCUCCUUCACCACAGCCACCAGCGCUUCUACCUCCGCCACUGUUGCUACCACUGUUACCACUGCUACAGCUGCUACAGCUGCCACUGCUGCUACAGCAGGGCUUGCAGCAGCGGAUCGCAGCAUUCCCCGGUGGUGGGCGCCCGCCUACCCCAGGCCGCACAGCCCCUCCCGCCGCUUCGCCCACGCCUCGUCUGUUACUGCGUGGCAAGCUAGCAGUGCUGCCGCUGCUGCUGCUACUGCUACUGGUGUUCCUGCUGAUGCUGCUGCUGCGGCUACUGCUGAUGCUGCCACUCUUCCGGCUGCUGGUUUUGGUACAGGUCGGGCGGGUCGGCUGCCGAACCUGCCAUCGUGGCUCGGCUCGGAGCAGCAGGCAGUGCUUCGGUCGCGGUCCCCGGCUCGGGUGCCUCAGUGGGUGGUGAGGGAAGGGGGAGGGCCGGCAGAGGCUAUCCGGGGGAGAAGAUCGGCUUCGGUCACUGCGGUGCAAAGGCCACCUCCACCCCCCCGCACACACGUCUCCCCCCUCCGCUCCUUCUCCCCUACCCCCACCGCUCUGCACCCAUCGGAACCGGAGUCUCUCCCUGAAACAAGCACUGUGGGAAGGGGAGGAGGGGAUAUGGGGCAACUGGUGGGAGAGCAACAACGACAGGAUGGGCUAUUAGUAGAGCAGCAGGAGGAGGAGGGGAGGUGGCUGGGGGCACGCAAGUGGCAGAUGCUAGCAGCAGCAGGGGCGGCGGUGUUGGUGGGAGGAGCAGUGGUGAUGGCAACUCAGCGGCAUCAACGGCUCACAGCGGCCGGGGCAAGCAGCGAUCGCGAGCUGGAGAUGCUGCGGAGGAGGAGAGGGGAGGUUAGGGGAGGAGUGGGAGGACCAGCAGGGGAGGCUGCUGGCAUUGGGAGAGUUAGGGGGAACAGGGGAGGGGCAGUAGAGGCAGGGGGGAGCAUAGCACAGGCCACUGGCAAGUUGAAAGAUUCUGCACUUUUGGGAUCAGCAAAGGUGGAACCCGAGGGGGGGUUGUCCCACUGGCUAUCGGUUCUGCCGACCGGCGCAAAGCUCUCUCAAGAGCAGUUCGACGAGAGGUUUAAGGAGCUCGAGAAGGAGGCCAUAGAGGUGGAGGAAGAGUUCUUGCGCUGUCUGGGGCCAGCUGAUAACGAGUACGGGGACAACGACGAGGAGGAGGAGGAGAUGAUGUCGUUCAUCACUGCUGUCAUGCGCACACCAGCUCCUGCUCCGGCUAAGACAACCGCAGCAGUGCCAGCAGGAGCAGUGACAGGAUCAGCAGCAAGACCCGCAGCAUGCACAAGAGGCACAGCAAGAGCGGAAUUAGGUGCAGGCACAAGAGGCACACGCUUGCUACCUGAACCCAGUCCUGGGGGCCGAACCACCACAGGUGGGGGCAAGGCGAGUGGUGAGCUGCUUGACAAGUGGGCGCCGUUUGAUGAAGCACACCUGACCAUCGACCCAUUCAAGGGGAGGAAUGGUGCAUGCGAGCGAGGCACCACCAACCGAUCCAGCAGUAAUGGUGGCGGUAAGAGUGGUGGUAACGGUGGUGGGCAGAGAUUCUCAAGCCCUCCCAGGAAGGUGUCUGGGCAGCAACAUGUGCCGGAUCUAUUUAUUCUGAGAGCCACCCAGGAGAGUGCCAGCAGUCCGCGUUCGGUUAAGAGCAGCAGCAGGCACACUGCAACCGCUGCCAGUGCGUGUGACCGCAACGCCACCCGUGCUCCCCUGAACUCCACUCACCAGUCUCGCGCCACACCUGCAACACCUGCACCGGCUACCAGGCCAGCUGUAGCAGCAGCAGGGACGGCUGUAGCCCCAAGGCCCGCUGUUGCAGCAGCGCAAGAGGCAGCCACUGCUGUAGGAGCCGGCGCUGCAGCAGCAGGGGCACGCAGGCGAGUGGCGUUCCGAAUAUCUGAAGAAGUGGCCAAUGAUCCAACCUUAAAGCCACUCGUCAAGACGACGACGGCCAGUGGUGGUAGGGGAAGUGCUGCAACUGGUAAUGCGAUGAAGGCUGGGAAUGCGCCUACUGGUAGUAACCAGUCCGCUGGUAGGACCAAAGGGAUGAGGGUGUACGAGGUGCAACCGGGGGAGACGCUUUCUGGGAUCGCAGUGAGAGAGGGGCUCUCUGUAGCAGACAUCAUGAGGGCCAACCCCCACAUAGCCUCUCCGAAUUGUAUCUAUGCACGAGACCGCCUGGUGCUCUAAAUGGUACCGGCAUUUGUGAACACCUCCUGCGGUGGUCCGCUUUCGUAACUGGGUUAGUCAGCUUGCCUCUCCUCUCCGCAUUGUGUAACGCACAACCACGAUGUGCAAUAAAGGAG